AUGCCACCCGCCCCCGAGUUGACCCCUGCUCGCCGUCGCCGCCGCCGUCGCAAACCGUGGACACCGAAGAGGAAGCCGAAGCCGACGUAUAGAGAACGCAACAUACACGAAGUCACGGAAAUUACGGAUGAAGCGGACGAUGAAUACGGAAAAUGGUAUCUGGUGGAGUGGGCGGGUAUCGAUCCGCGCACGGGCGGUCCUUGGCCCCCGGAUUGGAUCCACGAACGAGGGAUGCGCGCUCCCGAGUGUCUCAAGAGGUGGCAAGUAGAGAAGAGGCGGAGGUUGUACAACAAACUUCAUUCGCGUACCAUCAAACCAAAGAGAAUACCAUCGGCAGAAUUGCGCAGAUAUACACCUUUUACAGCACCUACCCUUUAUGGACACACCCCGACCCAGCUCAGGUCAUGCGUGCCACGGGACGAUGUCGAACACUGCCCCGGCACAGACGAAGAGAUCCCUGUCUUCUACGAAGGGCACUCCGGCCCAUCUAAAGACGACCAUAUGGACAUCGAUCAAGCACUUCUUUCGGAAACGCGAACCGCCCUCGAACCGGAUGACAAGGGUCGCGACGGAUCCGACGAGGACGACAUGCUACAGUACCCCCCGGACGAAGAACUCAAGGAAGGCUUUGAAGAUCUCUUCGACAGCGUGGACCUGGAUGCCGACCCGGAAGUCGCCAGCGUCAGCUACAAGAACUCUACACUCCAUGCGGACUUCGCAUUCGAUGACAUGCCGCCUCUCCCCCCGAUCACGUAUGCACCUAUCAAUUGUGCCGCUGCGUGCGCGAACGAUCGGUGCUCCGACAGCAUGACGAAGGCCCCUGAAGCCGUGCUCGUGCGGUCGACCUCGAGUAUCCCCGAGGACGGGUUGUCAAGCGCGUUAGCGGGGCGUGCCCGCCCGCGCACCGUAUGCGAGCUAGCCCGCUUGCGUUAUGGCGACGAUUACGAUCAAGACGACGGCUUCGACGACGAAGACUCAGUUCCCGAAAGCAACGAUGACCUGCCAAUGCACUUGCCGGUGCAGGCGUCGCAUGUGGGGAGUGCGUCACAGGAUACUGGGUUCGAGACGUUCGCGCUGCCAGCGCAUGCUGUCGAUGUGGUCGGUGCUGGCGAAGACGACUGCGCUGAGGACGUCUUCCUAGACUCUGAAACCCUCCUCUAUCCGGAGGAGCCCGAUUCCGAAGAAGACGCUGCGAACGCGGCAGCUUCGACGUCUCAGCUUGCAGCCCCAUCAGUCAUCGAGGAUCGCGACGCCACGCUGCCGGACAAGGGCUCGGACGCCAUCUCCGCGGGAAGCAAGCUCCCCCAGGCGCCGAAGCCCGUCUUCGCGUUCCCCCGAUUCAACUCCAACGAAAACGUGAACGCCGGCAUCGAUGGUCAAGCCAGCUCGAAGGGCGUGCAAGGCCUCAUCAUUACGCCCGUUCGGCCAUCCCCAUCGGAGCUCCAAUUCACGAAACGGCGCAUCAGCUUCGCGGGGCCGCCGUCUGGCUCGUUGCGCUCCGCCUUGGGAGGCCUCGGCGUUGAAGGCGCGUUUGGAGCCGCAGUUGCGUUCCCCUUCCAUAAGCCCGUCAGGAACCCCUUCGCUGCUUCUCGUAGUGAUCAGUGCAAGGGUCGUCAUUAA